AUGCCUAUGCUUGCUGAAUUAGUUGCUCAGGAUCGCAUUUUAAUUUGUCAAAUUGCCAUUAUUACGCCAUAUAACGCGCGAAUUUUAAUUUGUCCAAAAUAUCAAAGUUACACCACGAAGCUUACUUUAAAAUAUGUUAAUGCAUAUGAAGAUUCUCAUUCUAUAAGUAAGAAAUAUAUACAGCCCCUAGAUAAAGAAGAUACCAUAAAUCGAACUGAUUCACGAAUUGUAUAA